CCAGUCUGGCACGCUUUCUAAAAGCGCAUAUAUCAUCCCUCUCACCUCUCUCUACCAUCAGCCGAGUUGCACAUCUGCAAUGGCAGCGAAGGGGAAGUGGUCCAACCUAUCAAAAUACGCUUGUCGCGCGUAUUUCUUCCUCAUCCUUCUUCAGGUGCCUCUUUUUAGAAUUCAGUGCAGAUCUGGCGUAUGCACGUCGCCUAUUCAGGUUACAUCUUCUCAGUUGAUAUCUAGUGAGGUCUUCCCCCUUCCAGUGGUUAAGGCGCUACUUUAUCCGGGAGCUUUUGUAAAUGGCCUCAUUAAUAAUAUGACUGUUCCAAGCUGGGAUAACUUGCUGAAUAUCUACAAUUUGACCGACAUAAAAGAAGCUUCUGCUGUAGUAGACCUGCAACGCUUGGAGGUUCUGGCUGGAAGUUACUUCUGUGUGGCUGGCUCUCUAAUUGGUCUUUUAAAAGCCGGGAGGAUGAGCAUGUUCGGGACACUUCUAGUUAUCUGGGGUCUCGUCAAAGAAGGGAUUCUUGGAAAGCCAGUUAACACCGAUCCAGCAACUGCAGUAUUUGUUUACCCGACAAUGUUGGUGGCAUUGGCCUGUUCUUUCUUGUCAGUAAAAUAUGAUCUUAAAAAGGUAGCCAGAGGCGGCACCGCCCCGACUCAACCUGUUGUGAAGCCUCUGAAGAGCUCCGCGAAAUCUAAACUGAAAUGAUUCCAGGAUGAAACACGGCCAGAAGGUGAUGUUAGCUUAAUUCUCUCGUGUGGUUUUACAGCUACCAUGAUGUAAUUAUGCUGAGAAGACAUAACCGUUGAAUGUUAGAACAUUAAUCGUACUUGUACCAGGAAGAAAUUUGCGUUAAAUGCGCAAUGGCAUCGUGGUUUUUUCGCCAAGCCUUUUGAUCUGUGCUUACAAACAAAUACAUUCGGUUCUUUAACUCAGCUUAGAGCAGAGGAAAAGCUAUCGCAUGGCCUUUGCAAGCUCA